AAGCAGCGCAUCACCCGCACAGGUGCAGCCUCGAGCCGGGGCAAUGCAAGAGAGCUGGAGUAACAUUCAAAUCCAAAAUCUUCUGCGGGAGGCAUCUCACCAUGCUGGCUUUGUAGCAGCUGCCAAUUUUGCCAAACGUACUUCCACAAAUCCAGAUACUGGAGUAAAGCCAUCUGGGUAUGGGGAGACUAGUGGAGGCAGCCGGCCAGAACAGCAACACGAGGAAGAUAAGGAAGAAAAUGACAUCCAGAUCGUAAGCGUCACCUCCCUUGCACAGAGCAGCCAACCAACAGUUCCCCCCACGGUAACAACAGCAGAGGCCAGUGCUUUGUCUUCCACACUAACAGUCUCUGGAGUUAUGAAGAGGAGAGCUACACCUUCUCCAGCCACCAAUUCAAUGCUGGCAGCUCGAAAGAGGCUUUUGGACAAGGCGCUGUCACACAGGAUGAAGUUAUUACAUCAGGUAGCGCCAUCGUUAAGGAGAGAUUACUCAAGUGUCCAAAGUGAUGAUUUGAGAGGUGCAAUGCCACAACAACCUGAAACUUAUGAUCUGACCACUGAAAAGACUGCUAUGGAAGGUCAAUCUGGUGGAGGCAGCACCCCCAGACGUUUCCUUACACAGAGACCUUGUCUGUCUUCCCGUUCCCUUCACCCGAUCCCUCGGGUUGGCAUUCGUCUUCCUAACCGGUCACCAGCACCUUUACCGUCUUCGGCUCCUGGGGUUGCCGUCAUCCGCUUACAGACCCCUGGAGGCCAGGGCACCACUCGUAGUGAGAGGAACCCGAGCCCCCAGCGGGCAGUCCAGGACCCCGGGGAGGGUAGAGGUGGUCUACAGGAUCAGAUUCAGACCCUGGGAUCUGAGGUGCGCAGCUUGGGUCUGGCAGUGAAGAUGCUGGUGGAGCAGCAGUGCUGCCUGGAGAGGGAGCAGCUGCAGCAGACACACAUUCAGAAGCAGAUCCUCAUCACUCUACAGACUCUUGCCACCAAACUGGGACGUUGCAGCAUCGUUCAACAGCAGCACACCAAAACUCCAUCGCCAUCUGGUUUGCCAACAGCUUCUGCAUCUACCUCCUUCAAGCAGGACACCUUCAACUUCAACAGUCAAGGCACGUACACCCAGUGCAGCCAAACCGAGCCAAGCUUCAACUCUUUAGAGAGUUUAGAACAUGUAGAGGCCUUUAAACUGCCAGGAUUGUGCCCUUCGAAUAUGAAUGGGCUUCCACCAUGUAGCAAUGCUGAGAACCUCCCACUUACUCACACUCCCCCUCGCACACAACCAUAUGCAGCUGCAUACCCACAGCAAAACAGUCAAACACUCAUGCAACCCUACACACAAUCCUAUGUCUCUACAUACAACCAGUCACAUUGUCAGACUUUCAGAGGAUCCGAGAGUAAAACAUCUGAUUUCCCAAGAAGCUGUUCAAGGACUCUCCAGGACUGCAGUGCGUCUACCCAGCCAGUGAUGGACUCUAACCUCUCUUCACAGGAUCAACAGAUCAAUAUUGUCAAAGUGGAAGGACCUUAGAUACCACAGAGUGUUCUGGGACCAUAAGGGCUUGGGCAUGCUUUUUUUAGAGUCACUUUAAAAUACUUAAGACAUGUUUUUACAAUAAACGUAUGCUGUAGCAUUUCUUACAUUUAUUUUAUUUCCAAAGUACAUUUCAAGGGAAUACAAAGAGCAAUAGAAUGAAACGCUUUAGUAAUAAUGUGUUUGUGAUUUGUCUUUACUAUAGGUAAUGAUUACAAAAGUAGAGCAAAUGAUUAUGUGCAGGCACAAUUCACAAUUCUUGUAUAUUUUUGUAUCUAUUAUUUCUGUAUCACUAGGACUGGCAUUACGAACUGUUAAGUUUUCAUCCCUCUAUUGUAACUGAUAAAAAUUGUUAUGAUCCAAA